GCUGCCAAAGGUGAUUUCAGUUUUGAACACGAUAAAGCUGUGGCUGUGCUACGGCUAUCACAUGCCGGGGAGAACUCAAACACAGAUAAUACACCCAACGACUGAUUACAAGAACAGCUUGUGUUUCACUUCAACGGACGCCAUUGAUGGUCGUAUACUACUCUAUCAGCCUAUGACAUAUCACAGUGUUGCUUGAAUCAAGAUGUCUUGUGUACAAGUGAUGUUGCUCUAUCUCGUUGUCUCUAUACUACUUCCUCUCCAAGCACAAAGCAAUGAACAGUGUGUUGAGAAAACUACUUGUGGGGAGUGUAUCAAAGUGGGCUCUGCUUGUACUUGGUGUAAGGACAAGGUGUACUUUGCAAAAGGGCAGCCAGCAGCACGAUGUGACACAGUGGAAAACCACCUCAASAGAAAAUGCAAAAAAAUUAGCAACCCAAAAUCAAGUUAUAAUGCUAAUGAGUUCAGAAAUAGCCUUCCUUUGGAUUUAAACACCUCAAAAUUUGAAAGCAAAGUCGCAGAACAAAACAUUUCAGGUAAUGUGGAUAAUCCAGAAGGUGGAAUGGAUGCACUUGUGCAAGUGGCCGUUUGUCACAAGGACAUUGGUUGGGAUAAGAAAGAAUCAGCUCGACGACUGGUUGUUUUUACCACAGAUGCUUCUUAUCACUUUGCAGGAGAUGGACUGCUUGGUGGUGUUGUCUUACCAAAUGAUGGUASAUGCCAUGUAUCGAAUAAUGAAUAUGUGGCRUCGACUUUAAUGGAUUAUCCUUCUCUUGGUCAGCUGCGUCACGUUCUACUGGAGAAUCAAGUGGUUCCGAUGUUCGCUAUCUCCAAGAACCAAAAGCCCAUUUAUGAUGAAGUGGUAAAAUUUCUCGGUGAAGAAAGCUUUGCAGUAGCUGCUCAGCUGAGUGCAGAUGGAUCAAACAUUGUAACUCUUAUAAGGGAACAAUAUGAGAAAAUCGCUAAGACACAAACCAUUUCGGACAACUCAACAGCAGGAGUUCGCAUUGAGUACACAGCCAUCUGCCCUGAUAARACCUACAACAACACCAAAAUCUGUACCGACGUGAAAAUAGGUGAAACGGUAUCCUUUCAAGUUUCUGUGACUGCUGAGAAGUGUUCCCCUGAUAUGCCUGACCGAGUUCAUUUGAGGACAGCGUUUGGUGAUGUCGCCCUUAAGCUAGAGUACCUGUGUGAUUGUGAAUGUGAAGACCUUGAGUACCAGGAACCAAAAAGUAACCAUUGUUCGUCAAAUGGAUCGUUGAUCUGUGGUAUCUGCAAGUGUGAUGAUGGAUGGUCAGGGAGACUAUGUAACUGUGAAGCUGGAAAAGAAUUCAACACGUCAUUGUGCCAAACGAAUCAGGCAACUGGACAGAUAUGCAGUGGUAGAGGAGACUGUUAUUGCGGCGAGUGUCAAUGCAAAAAGAGUAACACUCCUGGUGAGAAAUUCUACGGUGAAAACUGCGAGUGCAGCAAYAUCAACUGUCCUCGGAAUAAGGACGAUAAAUUGUGUGGAGGCCCAAAACAAGGGAUGUGUGACUGUGGAGAGUGUAAAUGCUUUGGGAAUUGGACAGGACCGAGCUGUAGUUGCAGUGCAGAUACUGAAGGGUGCAUCAAAGAUGGAGUUAUGUGUAGUAAUCGAGGGUCAUGUGUCUGCAAUCAGUGUUCAUGCAAUGGUUCAACAACCUGUAUUGGUCCACACUGUGAACCCGUACCCGGUUGUCUAGGUCUUUGCGAGGCUAAUAAGGAUUGUGUCCACUGCAAAAUGUUUGAACGAUCAGAAUGCGACAAGCAACUCAAGUGCGACACAAAAAACACAAACAUGAUCAUCGUAGAAGAAAUCGAUUCGUCUAUGGGAGAGACGUGCGACUUUAUAGAUAAUGAGGAUUGCCGUUAUUAUUUUGCGUAUAAAUAUUCACCUGAUAGCAAACUACAGAUUUAUGUAAAGAGAAAGAAGGAAUGCGAAGAUGACUUGGAGCCUUUGGUGGUCAUUCUAGCCGUGAUUGGUGGAAUUCUAGCAAUUGGACUAGCACUUCUCUUGAUAUGGCGACUUCUAGCUACAAUUCAGGAUCGUCGAGAAUUUGCAAAGUUUCAAAAAGAAAGACAAAACGCAAAAUGGGACACGGGCGAAAAUCCCAUCUUCAAGCAAGCCACAACCACCUUUCAGAACCCAACAUACGGAGGAAAAGGCUAGGCCUUGGGCGACCAUGUUUAAGAUGUAUAAAUUCAGAUCAAACCGAUUUUCGCGUGAAAUCACUAGACCGCAGUUUAAUAAAACUGAUAAAAGAAGAUUGCUUACAUCAUAAAAAGUUGUGUAAUAAAGUUAAGGAAGAGUUCUAGUUUCUAGCAGUUAAUUAGAAAUAGCAACCAGUAUUUGGUAUUAUUUGGCUGUACUGGGUAUUCAGCAAAGAAGAGGUGUUUCCUUAUUACUUGCAAAAAAGAAAAACGUUUUCUUCUUUAUUGCAAUGUAAAUCGAAAAAAACGAAUGGAAACAUUUAAAAACGCUCACAGGCCAUGUUAUGGAUGUUUGUUUUACAGUUGAAAUCAUAUUGGAAAACUUGUGCACUUACAACAAAGCAAGGCGGCGGUUGAGCUUGCAUUUUUAUGAAUAAACUAUUGUCCCAGA